AUGGACCCCCCGCCACAAGGCGGCAGCCGAGAGACCACAACCGGCCCAGACGCCAACGACGUUGCAAACUCAUUCUCGACAUCCAUAUCCUCCCGCACCAUGAAGCGGGCUAUGGCCAUCGCCGCCGCCGCCGAGUUCCCUGGCUCCACCACCGUCGGGUUCCGCGUCACCGACACCCUGCGCAACAACACCAUCGACCCGCACCUCUACGACGCCCUGCCGAGCAAGGUCGUACAGUUGCAGGUCAAGUUUACUCCCACGCAGGUUCUCAUCGCCACCCUCUGUGUUGCCGCCAGCGCGACGCUCCUGCAAGCCUUCUUCCUCUUACCGUACCUCUGGCAGAAAAUCAUUGACGAGGAUUGGGAACUGGAGUGGACCGUGAUGUGGAGGGGGCCCUGGCUACUCAGCCGUCCGCCGACCCUGUCCCUCCCGGACGCCCCGGUAGUGUCUGCCGUGUCCGGCUCACACCACUCCUUGUCGGACCUCGUUCCGCACCGCUUCGCGGGUUCCAGGGCCAGCCUCCCAAUCCUCAGCUGGCGCCUCAACCGCGUCUUCCUCCGCGGCGUCGAGCAGGACGCCAACACCCUCCAGCGGCGCAACGCCGUGCUGUUCUGGGACAUCGCCGACACGCACGUCAGCGCGCCGCACUACGACAACCGCGCCGAGUGCAUGUACAGCUCGCUGCGAAUCAUCGCGGCGUCGGCAGUGAACGGGGAUCGGAGAGGCAUGGAACCGAGGCUGAUGGUGUGGACUUAUUUCAGAUGGUUCAUCACCGUCCUGAUAGCCGGAGUACUGUCCGGGUCUCUAAUGACACUUAUGCUAAACGCCUCCCACUAG